AUGAAAGUCACGGCUUCUAGUAUUCUUGCCUUUGCGGCCGCGGCGUCUGCACAGGCGCCAUUAUGGGGACAAUGCGGUGGCCAAGGGUGGAGUGGACCUACGACCUGCGUGGCUGGCUCAGUUUGCACUUACCUCAAUGCUUGGCACUCACAGUGCCUUCCCGGUGCCGCCGUGACAACGGCUGUGUCAAGCUCCCUUACGACCUCCACCCGCUCCACGUCAACCACAUCCUCUCGGACCUUUUCGCCAGCACUUCCCCCUAGCACCGGCUUUCCCUCGGUCAGCGGCACCAAGUUUACCAUUGACGGCGUAACGAAGUACUACCCCGGCACCAACUGCUACUGGUGUAGCUUCCUGACCAACGCCUCUGAUGUCGACCUUGUUCUCGGUCACGUCAAGACAUCGGGUCUUAAGAUUCUCCGCAUUUGGGGCUUCAACGAUGUCAAUACCGUCCCGCAGUAUGACAAUUGGUUUCAGCACCUGACGGCCUCGGGCUCGACCAUCAACACAGGCGCCAACGGUCUUGGCCGCCUGGACACCGUUGUAGCAUCAGCCGAGAACAACGGCAUCAAGCUCAUCAUCAACUUUGUCAAUAACUGGGACGACUACGGCGGGAUCAAGGCAUACACCAACGCUUUCGGUGGUGAUCACAAUGGAUGGUACACCAGCACGGCGGCUCAAACGCAGUACCGCAAGUACAUCAGCGCUGUUGUCGGCCGGUACAAGAACUCCAACGCCAUCUUUGCAUGGGAGCUGGCCAACGAGCCCCGCUGCCAGGGCUGCGAUACCUCUGUCAUCUACAAUUGGGCCAAAUCAACAUCGGAAUACGUCAAGUCUUUGGACCCCAACCACCUGGUAACGCUCGGCGACGAGGGCAUGGGGCUCCCGGGCGACACAACGUAUCCCUAUCAGUACGGAGAAGGCACUGAUUGGCCGGAGCUGCUUAACAUUUCAACCUUGGACUUUGGAACCUUUCACUUCUACCCCAGUUCAUGGGGGGUUGGAUAUGAUACCGGCAACAAGUGGGUGACGGACCAUGCCAAGGCAUGCGUUGCUGCGAACAAGCCCUGCUUCUUUGAAGAAUACGGCACGCCUAGCAAUCACUGCGAGCUGGAGAGACCAUGGCAACUUACCUCGGUGGCAACCCCCGGUAUGGCUGGCGAUGCCUUUUGGCAAUUGGGUGACACCAUCAGCACCGGGCAGACGCACAACGACGGCUAUACGAUUUACUACGGCACUGAUGAGUGGACGUGCUUGGUGACCGACCACAUCGAAGCCAUCGGCUAG